GCAGAUUGGCGCUGGCCUCUUUUCGCUUGGCACGGGUUCGCACUCGCAAAACCAAUGGCUUGGUGCGCGCAUCUUUGUUUGAAUUUGGUGAGUGCAAUCAGCCGAACAAGAACGGCGGUCAUCGUCGCUUCUGGAAUGCUGCAUGGUUCGUAUGAGCCUUGGCUAUCCAAUAGACGAUGACUGCCCGAUACGUCAAGCGAGCACGUGGCAAGAGGGAUGGAGAUACUGUUGGGAAGCUGGGGCAUGUGCAUGCGACCGUUCCCCUUACAGAUUGCAACCUCAUUCUUUCCGUGCAAGCAGCAGUCUUCCGGCAACGAAUCACUGUUUGGUGCAUUUAUUCGAUGCGACAGCUGAGGACGGACCGGCCAAUGCUAUUGUGACAUAUCACUGCAAGGGACGAUGGGGUUUACUGGGCAUGCCGAGUAGGACAAUCGGCCCCGAGGCUACGGAUUGCCGAAUUGAACCCUAAGAGCUGCCGCAGUAUGAUCCAUGCUUGCCCUGAUCUCUCGUGCCGCGCUUCCCCAGGGCCAGUCAACCUUCUCGGCGGCGUGCUCUGUCAGCUAAUGCUCGUAACUCAUACUUGCAUACCAUCCGUGAUUAAUUCCUGCUCUUAUCGCAAAUCUACUUCAGCCGU